UCUCCUCCUCUCCUCUGCCCGCCCCACAAACCCCAUACCCCAGUCAGUGCGCGAGUACGUACGCCCUCGGCUCUCCUCCCUCCCACCCGCUGCCUGCCGCCGCUCGCCCACCACGCGCGCACGCCCAUCUCGUGCGCGCCCCACCUAACCCGACGACCCCCGCAGGAGCACGCCGUCGUCCGCCCGCGCCCGCUCCACCGCCGUCGGCAUUGCGAGGAGCGCGAACUGAAGGCGCGGCCCCGUCUCCCUCCGCCAGCCCGCCUCCUUGGUUCCGGCUCCUGCGCACGGAGAAGCGGCUCGUCGGCUCCACGGCGGUGGCGGCCAGCCCUGGCGCGCCCCUGCUCCCGCGUCUCCACAUCUUCCAUCGUCGCGGAGUUCAGGGUGUAUUUCUGAGGGGAGCGUAUGAACUUCGAUUGAGUUGAGUUUCGUCUGCUGUAAUUCCGUUGUAACUAACAGCAGCAAAGAAAGGGCGUCAUGGUUGAGAAGACAGUAGGGGGAAGUGCCAAGUGAGAGUAUUUGUAACUCGCACUACAGGAAUAAGCUAGUUUACCGUCAGUGAGGUUCUUUGCCGUCAGCAUAACGUCGGGGCAGACGGCAAAGAGCUGUUUUGCCGUCAGUGGAUGACGGCAAAGAAUAACUGACGGUAAGACGAAUAACAGACGGCAAAGAAUUACAGACGGCGAACGUACGCAAAAGGUGACGGCAAAAAUGAGACAGACGGCACCCGGACGGACAUCAGUGACAGUGUACUUUGCCGUCAACUCAUCCGUUAACUGACGGCUAAGAUUGUGAGUUCGCCGUCAGCUCCGCUAACUUGCAGACGGAAAAAAAAACACGGCCACGCAGCACAUGCCCCCGAAGGAAAAAAAAGGGUUUGCCGUCAGCGAGACCAGUGGCAGACGGCAAACAGCCCAGUCCACUGAUAGCCCGGUCGGACGCGCCGACAAAAAAAAAAGAAACAGAUCGCAGCGCCACCCCUCCCCUCGACCCGCACCACCAGAACAGAGAGCAGCGCUAGGUUCCAGCGCCGCCGCCGCCGCCCCCUCCUACACCGCGCCCCCAACCCCUCCUCCAAUGGCCGCACCGUCGCCGGAAUCUCCUCCCGUGCCCUAGCGCCGCCGCAGGGCACCACCGCUGCAGGGCACCACCUCCGCCGCUGCUGGACUGCAAAGGAGAGGCAGCUGCACGGCCGCCGGGCACCAUCUCCCCCUCUGCCCCAUCUGCCCCCACGGGAUCAAUCUUUUCACCUCCAGGAGCACUGUUGGUCCUGUUGCCGUCGCCAUCGCCGUCCACUACCUCCUCUACGGAUCAUCUAGGGGAGUUCAGGGUGUAUUUCUGAGGGGAGCGUAUCACAUUUGAUUGAGUUGAGCUUUUCGUCUGCUGUAUCUCUGUUGUAACUAAUAGCAGCAAAGAAAGAGCGUCAUAUGAUUGAGAAGAUUGAACAUCACACAAGUCCAAAGAACAUAAUAGCAAUGGGAUCUCGAAGCAUCUGCCUUCUCAUUCUUCUUGUGAUCAUCAUCCCCAGCUCUGUCAUGUCUGAAUCAAGUGAUAUAAAAAGUUUGUUCACUCUGAGGCACUCAAUUGCUGAAGAAAAAGGUUUCCUUUGCAGCUGGUUUGAUUCAGAAACUCCCCCUUGCAGCUGGUUAGGUAUAACCUGUUCGGGGCGUAGCGUUGUGGCCAUAGACUUGUCCUCCAUGCCACUCUACGUCCGGUUUCCUUCAUGCAUUGGGGCAUUCGAGUCGCUUGUUCUGCUGAACUUAAGUGGGUGUGGGUUUACCGGUGAGCUUCCAGACACCCUGGGGAAUUUGCAGCGUCUUCAGUACCUAGAACUGAAUGAUAACCAGCUUAUUGGGAACCUGCCUGCCUCAUUAUAUACCUUGAAGAUGCUGAAAGAAAUGGUGCUUGACAACAACUUAUUACAUGGACAACUGAGCCCUGCAAUUGGUCAGUUGCAGCAUCUCACCAAGCUGUCCAUAUCCGGGAAUUCCAUCUCCGGUGGCAUUCCUACAGAGUUGGGCAGUCUGCAGAACCUAGAGUUCCUGGACCUUCACAUGAACAGCCUAAAUGGAUCGAUACCAGCAGCUUUUCGUAAUCUGUCUCAGCUGUUGCAUCUUGAUCUAAGCCAGAAUAACCUCAGUGGAUUAAUAUUUUCUGGAAUAAGCUCAUUGGUGAACCUUAUGUCACUUGAUCUGUCCUCAAACAAUUUUGUGGGGCCAAUACCUAGGGAGAUUGGUCAACUGGAAAACCUUCGACUGCUGAUUUUGGGCCAAAAUGCGUUCACCGCGACCAUUCCAGAAGAAAUUGGUAAUCUGAAGCGGCUUCAAGUACUUCUGCUCCCUGAAUGCAAGCUCACAGGCACCAUCCCUUGGUCAAUCAGCGGUCUUGUAAGCCUGGAGGAAUUUGACAUAUCAGAGAACCACUUCGAUGCUGAACUCCCAACAUCAAUCGGUCUGCUUGGCAAUCUGACACAGCUGAUUGCGAAGAAUGCAGGGCUCCGGGGGAGCAUACCGAAAGAACUAAGUAACUGCAAGAAGAUUACUCUCAUAAAUCUGUCAUUUAAUGCCUUCACUGGCUCCAUCCCUGAAGAACUUGCAGAACUGGAAACUGUUAUCUCUUUUUUUGUGGAAGGGAACAAACUAUCAGGCAAUAUUCCAGAUUGGAUAAGGAACUGGAACUGGGCAAAUGCAAGAUCUAUAUCAGUGGGUCAAAACUUGUUCAGUGGACCUUUGCCAUUGCUGCCAUUGCAGCAUCUGCUCAGUUUCUCUGCAGAAACCAACCGCCUCUCAGGUUCUGUCCCUGCUGAGAUGUGUCAAGGCAACUCCCUGCAAACACUCAUACUGCAUGAUAACAAUCUGACUGGAAGUAUCGAGGAAACUUUUAAAGGAUGCACAAACCUCACCGAGCUGAACUUGCUAGGUAACCAUCUUCAUGGAGAGAUACCAGGGUACCUGGCUGAGCUGCCUUUAGUUAGUCUGGAAUUGUCCCUAAACAAUUUCACAGGAAUGCUGCCUGACAGGUUGUGGGAGUCAUCAACUCUUUUGCAGAUCUCUCUCAGCAAUAAUCAGAUUACCGGCCAGAUCCCAGAUAGCAUUGGUAGGCUGUCCAGCUUGCAGAGGUUGCAGAUUGACAAUAACUAUUUGGAAGGACCCAUACCACAGUCUGUCGGCUAUCUACGAAAUCUGACUAUUCUGUCUCUGCAUGGCAAUGGGUUAUCUGGGAACAUUCCAAUAGAACUCUUCAACUGCCGAAACCUUGCUACACUGGACCUGAGCUCUAAUAAUCUGACCGGGCACAUCCCGAGGGCCAUAUCUAACUUGACAUUGCUCAAUAGCUUGAUUUUGUCUUAUAACCAGCUCUCUGGUGCUAUUCCGGCUGAGAUCUGUGUGGGGUUUGAAAAUGAGGUUCACCCUGACUCGGAGUUUGUGCAGCAUAACGGUCUUCUUGAUCUGUCAUACAACCGGUUGACUGGUCAGAUUCCGGCAGCAAUAAAGAAGUGUUCUAUGCUGAUGGUGCUAAACCUGCAAGGCAACUUGCUAAAUGGCACCAUUCCCUCAGAGUUUGGUGAGCUGACAAAUCUUACAAGCAUUAAUCUGUCUUCUAAUGGAUUAGUUGGACCAAUGCUUCCUUGGUCUGCACCAUUGGUACAACUUCAAGGCCUUAUUCUAUCAAACAACCACCUAAAUGGCACCAUUCCUGUUGAGAUAGGCCAAGUUCUUCCCAAAAUUUCAAUGCUAGACUUGUCCGGUAAUGUACUUACCGGAAGUCUACCCCAGUCUUUGCUGUGCAACAAAUAUCUGAACCGCCUGGAUGUCAGUAACAACAAUCUCUCUGGGAAAAUUUUAUUCUUUUGUCCCAUGGACGGAGAAUCCUCAAGCUCACUGCUGUUCUUCAAUUCAAGCAGUAACCAUUUCUCAGGGACCCUAGAUGAGUCUAUCUCGAACUUCACACAACUGUCUUCUCUUGAUAUCCACAACAAUAGCCUCACUGGAAGCUUACCAUCAGCACUCUCUGAUCUCAGCUUUUUGAACUAUCUUGACCUCUCAAGCAAUGAUUUCUAUGGUGUCAUCCCUUGUGGUAUUUGCAAUAUAUUUGGCCUCACAUUUGCCAACUUCUCUGGUAACCACAUUGACAUGUUCAGCUCAUCAGAUUGUGCAGCAGGAGGUGUUUGCUCCACUAAUGGCACUGGUCGUAGGGUGGCUCAUCCAUCUCAUCGAGUUCGAAGAUUAGGGAUCAUUUGUAUCCUUUCACUUGCUGUCAUCAUUGUGUUAGUACUUCUCGUGUUUUAUCUGAGACACAAACUAUCGAGGAACAGUUCAUUGGUUAUUGCGCCCGCUGGUAAGGCCAAGGCUACCGUUGAGCCAACCUCAAGUGAUGAGCUCCUAGGAAGGAAGUCACGGGAACCUCUGAGUAUCAAUCUCGCAACUUUUCAGCAUUCACUGUUGCGGGUCACCGCUGAUGAUAUACUGCAAGCCACAAAGAAUUUCAGCAAAGAACACAUCAUAGGCGAUGGUGGCUUUGGCACUGUCUAUAAGGCGGCACUCCCUGAAGGUCGGAGAGUCGCGAUCAAGAGGCUUCAUGGUGGCCAUCAGUUCCAGGGUGACCGUGAAUUCCUAGCUGAGAUGGAGACCAUUGGAAAGGUGAAGCAUCCAAACCUUGUUCCCCUGCUUGGUUACUGUGUUUGUGGCGACGAACGGUUCCUGAUCUACGAGUACAUGGAGAAUGGGAGCCUUGAGAUAUGGCUGAGGAACCGAGCAGAUGCGGUUGAAGCACUUGGAUGGCCAGACCGUCUCAAGAUCUGCCUCGGGUCUGCCCAUGGGCUUGCUUUCCUUCAUGAAGGGUUUGUGCCUCAUAUCAUCCACCGGGACAUGAAAUCAAGCAACAUCUUGCUGGAUGUAAACUUUGAGCCGAGGGUCUCUGAUGGCCUCGCACGGAUAAUCAGCGCGUGCGAGACUCAUGUCAGCACCGACAUCGCCGGUACAUUUGGAUACAUCCCCCCAGAGUACGGCCAGACAAUGAAGUCCAGCACGAAAGGCGACGUGUACAGCUUCGGCGUCGUCAUGCUGGAGCUGCUUACAGGACGGCCACCCACAGGGCAAGAAGACUUGGAAGGUGGUGGGAACCUUGUUGGCUGGGUACGAUGGGUGAUCGCUCGCGGAACGAGGAACGAGCUGUUUGAUCCUUGCCUGCCAGUCUCAGGCGUGUGGCGGGAGCAGAUGGUGCGCGUGCUCAGCAUCGCCCUGGACUGCACAGCCGACGAGCCGUGGAAGAGGCCAAGCAUGGUGGACGUGGUGAAGGGCCUCAAGAUGACCCAGGCGAUGGAGUGCGGACCUCUGGUGGCUGAUGGUAGAAACACGAGGAGCAAGAUGUCUUACACUGAAGCCUGGAGGAACUAUGCUCAGCUACUGGGCUUUCAGGAAUCAGGUGGCAUCUCUGCAAUUGUUGCGCUAGGAGUCAAGCCGUGCUGCUCGACGCCCGCCGCCUCUGCCAUGCGCCUCACCCACGAGCUACGGUGGGUCUGCCGCGGCCGAGAGCACGGCCUCGUCAUUGAGCCAUCUGCUCCAUAGGCAUAAUUAUGUGGAGAGUUGUACAAAAACUGCAAGUGCCAAGCGGGGCUCGCUUAACUAGGAGAAUCAUCUUCCCUGUUGACAAGUCAAUGGUGACCAAAUGAUGAUAGCCAUGGCCUGGUCCGUCAAACCCCUUCGAGAGUAGUAGGCACCCUUCACCGUUAAGCUCAGUGAGGCGAGUGACAGCGAAGCUAGAA